AUGUUGAUUGAUUUUAGGGUUUAUUUAGCGAGCGUUGAUCUCCCUGGCAGUCACGAAAACGUUGCAAAGGUAACAACAAGUCAAUAUAGCCUCAAAGACCCUUUUUUUAAUCCUUCGAAAGAAGUCGAUAUACGCAACGUCUUUCACUGCGACGGCUUAUUGCUAUGCACCACCAAGGACAAUAGACUUGUGGUUUGGAACCCACGUUCAGGUGAAAGAAGUUGGAUCCAACCUAGAAAUUCCUACGAGGAAUCCGACAUCUAUGCUCUCGGUAAAUCCUCGUGCAACAAGUACAAAAUCUUGAGGAUGUAUGGUCGUAUUUUCGCAAUGAAGUUGGAAAUCUAUGACUUUACCUCUAAGAAGUGGAGGAGAAUUGCUAACACUACAAGCUUGUGGAUACCGACGUGGAUUCGUGGCACGUCUGUGAGUGGAAAUACAUACUGGCUUGCUCUUCAGCGUGAAAAUGAGAAUUCAAGAAUGAGAAUGGAACAUACCGGUAUGGAACGUACCUUAGUAGGAUUUGAUUUUUCAGAAGAGAGAUUCGGACGUGUGUCUCUUCCUGCUGGUAAUUGUCUUUGUGUUCGUGGUUUAUCGGUGACUAGAGAAGAUCAACAACUUUGUCUGCUAACUACCCAGAGAAGUUUGGGAAUCGAUACAGUAGAGUUAUGGAGGGCAACUAAGAUUGAGAGUCUUGUUUCCCAAGAAAGGAGAAAGACAACCAAGAUUGAUGAGAGCACGUCAUGGAGCAAGUUCCUAUCGGUGAAAACAGACCAGACUUUUGACCUUCCUAAAUUGUCGGCGAAUUUCUUGGCCGACCGGGAGAAUAAAGUUUUAGUGUCCCUCCAUAAACCUUUCAUGGCUAAAAGCUCCAUACACAUUGUGGGAGACGGUAAAUGGAUAAAAGUGGAUCUCGAUCAUGCAAGAUCUCAUUGCCCAUUUCUUGUCAAUUAUGUUCCAACUUUAGUUCAAAUCCAAUAA